AUGAAAUAUACUAACAGUCAAAUUAUAAAAUUUAUAGGAAAUGACAUACCUACUGAAAGUUUUAAUGUGGAAAAAAAUGCCCUAUUCCUUCCACAGUCUGAUAAUUAUCCCGGUGUAGAUUUUCUUAUUUGGGAUCAUUAUAGUAAAAUAUUAUUUUUAUUUCAAGUUACUAUUGGUUCUCUUGCAAAUCAUAGAAAGAGUAAGGGUAAUUUUAUGACAGGAGAAGGUUCAUUAAAAAAUAAAUGGGCAACCUUAUGUAAUAUAGAAGAAAGUAAGGUUAAAUUUAUUUGGCUUGCUCCUGACGAAAUUCUCAAAAAUGAUAAAAGUAAAGACUCUUUACAUUUAUCAUUUUCAAGCAUUAAAAAUUAA